CAGACACACGUGGCCACUCUGCUUUGAAAUAACAACCAACACACGCGAGCCGUCUCCCCCUCCCCGCUAUCUGUCGCCGGAACCAGCUCGCCGCCCCCCGUGGCGCGGUGCCGGCCACACGGGCGGGGUGGGCACUGGCCAGGCACCGGUGCAGCGGAUGCCACGCAUUCUUGAGUCACGAGACGCAGCGACUACACCACGCGCCUCAGCCUCCUGCUGGACACAAGACCCGCCCCGCCGGACACCCGCAGACACUCUUCCCUGCCGUACCCUGCCCACCCUGCCACCGGGGGGAGCCCUCCGUCGCCUACCCUACAGGAUUAACACACCUAACCUGCCACCACAUCUCUGCCGCUGCCCUUCCUGGACAUUAGCCUUCCCUGCCGCCUGUCACCUUGCGCUCACCACCCCUACAACCCUCCCUCGCUGCCCACACCCUGCCGCUCGAGUGUCCUCCCUUGCCGCCGCCCUUCCACGCCACCCACAUCCUGCCGCCUGCGGGUUCCUUCCUUCCCUCCCUCGACGCCUUUUUUAGCGUCCUCGCCUCACCAUGUUCACGAUAGACAACAUCCUCGCGAGACCCGCCAAGAGGACAGUCCACCCUCCUGUAGUAUCAUCACCACCACCCUCAGAAACACACCUCCAGUCAGUCCUCUCCUCUCCCCACACCUUUUACACAAUCCCCGUUCAGCAGUGCAGGAGUCCCACCACCACCACCUCCAGCAUCACCCUCCCCACCACCUCCACCUGUAAACUCUGGCAAAAUAAUACGAGACUAGAUUCCUCUCCUUAUUCUCUUCCCUAUGCCGCCCCGCACUCUGCCUCCAAUCCCUCUUUCGCGUCCCUCUACCCCUCUGCAUCUCCGCCCGUUGUCCCGUCUUCCCCUGCACCCUCAAUCUUCUCUCAGCCAAGUCCGCUUCCGUCGCACUGGGACAGCUCAGAGGCAUGUUUAGAAGCCUACAAAUCUACUCACGACUAUGGGAAAGCCUCGGAAAUAUCUCCUGAGUGGAUAAUCUUUACUUCUAACCCUGACGAGCAAAUCAUUGAGCCUGAGUGGAUACAAGGUCUACCUGAUGAUAAUGCCAAUACUUAUAAUACUAACAGGGUGCCUCAUGUCAAAAUCCCUGAGGCAAACUACGAGUGGUUACGCUUUGCUUUUACCCCUGAAACUCACGCCCUUACACCAAGAUCCGAGUGGCUACGAGGUCUUGCUAACACUGACAAGCUGCCCCCUGCGUGCCCUGGUAUGUCCCGUCCUCACAGUGCUCACAGGUCAAAGAUACGUGGCACUCAAGGCUGUGGUAUUGUUCCUGAACCCAUAAUGCGGUGCACAAGACCUCCCAGAUUCCCCAGCGUAAGCGGUGACCCAAAGCCUGAUGUCCCAGCGUCUAUAGAUAACCACUGCGUCCUCUACCACCGUUCUGCCUACCAGGAGGAACACGCAUCAACUCCCUACUGCCACGGUCAACAGCUGAUGCUUUCGAAGGGGUCGCUGGCUGUCCCCGCUACGGCAUCCUCGCACGGCACUUUCCUCCAGUCUAACGCCGCCUCUGCCUGCCCGUCGCCUCUCCCUUCUCUGCACCCCGCCCACCCUUACCAUCCAUUGAGGUCACAGAUGAGGACGUCGCUGGCUGUCCCUUAUACAGUAUCUUCACAUGGUACAUUCAUGCAGCCUCCAGCCCUUGAUAUACAGUCUAACGCCGCCUCUGCCAGCCCGUCGCCUCUCCCUUCACUGCACCCCGCCCAGCCUUACCAUUCACUGAGGUCACAAAUGAGGACGUCGUUGGCUCUCCCUUCUACAGUAUCUUCACACGGUACUUUCCCGCAGACUCCCGCCCAUAAUAUACAGCCUAGCACCGCCUCAGCCAUCCCGUCGCCUAUCCCACGCCCUGAACACGCCCAAGACUUUCAACCCACCAAGCCACAGCAUCCCUCAGGGUCACAUAUAAGGGUGUCGAUGCCUCCCCUUCCUUCAAUCUCGUGCAGUGCCUUCCUUCAGCAUCCUACCCUCGCCAGACCUCAGAGCCCCUCCCUAAACACUCACCCAACUCCUCAGUCACUCUACCCUACCCUGGACCUACUGCAGGGGCCCCAGAAGCCAGGCUAUCAUCCAGCUAACUCGUCACAUCUCUCAUCUAUCCACACUGCACUAUUCAACCCUCGCAGCGCCACCCUCCCGCCUAUUCACUCUGCCCAGUUGCACCAUCCCCAGGGGCUCUACCAUCACCCAGUCACCAGGUUCAAGACUACAGAGGAGGUGGGGUUCUUCAGUGCGAGGGACGUGGUGCUUCGAGGUUACCCGGAGAGCGUGAGGUGUGAGGAGUCGCCGCCUGCCUAUCCCGUUACCUGCCCGCCCGGCCUCCCCCACACGGCGCGGCUGUCAACAAGUGAGUGACACAACGUUUUUUUUUAAUUAUUUUUAUAGUGAAGGAAGCAGCUUAAGGGCAAAAAUAAAUGAGCGAAAAAGCCCGCUAAUCACUGCCCCUAUAGAAGCAAGUAUAGUUGAGUGAAGAGUUUGGACUUGGCUUCUUCAGUUACUUGAUUUCUUUAGCUUAACAUACUGAACUUUUUGCCAUGAUUUUUUUGUAAUAUACGAAGGGAGAACUGAUUCAUGUAUAUCAACAGACCUAACUGAAUAGAGAAGACGACCCGCCGGAGGUCACAGCAUGCUAUAACAGUAAUACGUGAAGGGUGACGAGCGGCUACUGACGGUGCCCGCUCCGACAGGUGUGGUGGCGGCGGCGGACUCCGGACGCACGCGGCGGCGCGGCGGUCAGGUGCGGUUCACGGCGCAGCAGACCCGCCAGCUGGAGACUUGGUUCUCGCGGUACAAGUACAUCACGCCACCCCAGAGGAAGAUCAUCGCCAGGGAGCUGAGCCUGCACGAGAAGCAGGUGAUGACGUGGUACCAGAACAAGCGAGCCAAGUCAAGGAGGCGAGUGGAGGUGAGCGGUGGUGGUGCGUGCCCGGCAGUGCCCCCUUCAACACCUCAAGACUUCAACACCACUCCGCCAUCAUCACCACCACCAUAAUCAACACCAAUACGUGGCUCCUAGUGACUCUUCCUGCGUCUCAGUUCGUCAACACCACCACCACCACCGUCACCAUAUCCAACAUCAAC